AUGGAUAUCAAUUAAGCAUUUAGUUUGAACAAAAAGAAAAAAGGAGGUAUUUCUUAGAUCACUUAUAGUGCAAAAUAAUUAAUCUUUACAAUUACUCUUCAAUUAUUAAAUGGAGAACAAUAACCAAAAAUAUUAAAUUGUCUUGCCAUUUUUAUUUAAUACUUUUAGUUAACAUCAUUUUUAUUUGGAGAAAAUAUUUGGAAAAUUUGGAAGAAUUUAAGUGUUUCGCAAAGGAUUCACAGUUUUCUUUAGUAUAAAAUAUUUGACAAAUAUUAGGUGUUUUCUAUUUUCUCCUUACAUAUAACCAUAGGAUUAUUCAUCAUUAGUGAUCAUGUAUUAUGUUUGCAUAGGUGUUUUUAUGUUUAUGACAAUGUUAGCCAUUUAUAAAGGAUUGAAUGUAAAGAAAAAAAAGGAAGAAAAUAGCUGGAUACUCCUGAUAUUGAAGAUAUUAAUAAAUUUGUUUCUUUCAAUAUUAUUUCUUCCAUACAUAGAUUUAUUCAUAUCAAUUAUAGAUUGUGAAAAUGAUGGAAAUGGAAAUUAUUAACAUUAUUAUUUUCCUAAUCAAUAAUGCUGGUAAGAGGCUCAUAUAAUUCAUGGAAUUAUUGCUAUAAUUAUGAUAUUAAUCUUUUAUGGAUUUUGUAUAAUAUUUGGUGCAAUAUAUUAUGAAUUUCAAUAUAACUCUGCUUAAGUAAAUUCAUAAUAAAACGGAAGAAUUUCAACAUACUUAUAUACUUAUCAGUUAAUUACAAUAAUUCUUUAAAAACUAAUAAAAGAUUAAAAAUUUUAGUAUUUAGAAAUAAUAGUAAUAUUGAUAGGAAGUCUAAUAUUACUAAAAAAAUUUCACAUAGAAUAACCUUUUUAUUCUUAAAUUAUACAAAAGUGUUGGUCAAUUACGAUAACUUUAAAUUUUUGGGGAAUCUUAUUAUUAUUUUGUGCAAAAAUUUUGGAAGAGCGUUAUUUUAAUGGAAUAAUUUAUACAUUUCUAAUUGGAUUACCAUUAAUAGCAGUUUCAGUCUUAAGAAUAGAGAGAUAAAAUUUUGAUCUACUAUUAAUUAAUCAUGCAAAGGUAAAGAAUGUUAAUGAGAUAAUUAAUUAAACUAAUUAUUUAAUAAAAUUACUAAAUUAAAUAAAAUUUGAUGAUAAUGCUUAGAUAAUAGUAGAUGCUUAUUUAGAAAUUCAUAAAGGAACAUGUAUAAAAGAUGAUUGUUAUUUAAAAGUAAAAAAUUAAGCAAAAUUUAAAUUAAGUAAUUCUUUAUUAAGGGAUACUUCAUUAACUGAAAGAGAGAUUGAUUUAAUUUUUAUAUUAGGAUAGAUUUAUUAUAAUUAAAUCAAAAGAUUUCCAGAAUCAAUAUCUCUUCGAAUAUAAUAUGCUUUUAUAUUGUCUGAUUAUAUGAGACAAUUAAAAUAGGCAUAUAAUGAAUUAAAGUAAGCUGAAUAGAUGAAUCAAUAAUUUGAUGAAGAAUUUAUAAUAAUGAGAAAAAAGUUAUAAAUUUAAGAAUAAUUAGAUGUGUUUUAAAAUGAAAGUUUUGGUAAAGUUGAUAUAGAAACUCAAAUUACAUUUUAGAAUGAUUAUCGAUAACUUUAGUAAUAUGUUGAAGAAACAACUUUAAUAUAAAUGGAUUUUUGGUCUGUAUUAUAAGAAGAUUUUCCAGAUUUUUCAAAAUUAUAUAAAAAUGGUUAGAAAAUAAAUCAUCUUCUUCUUUAAAUUGAAUAAUUAUGGUUCAAAUUAGAAAAAGUGUCUUAGAACCUAUCAAAAGCUUAAAGGCUUUAUGGAAGUUUUUUGAAAGAAGUUAUAUAGGAUGAAGAAUAUGGUGAUGAAAUUCUAAAAAAAUCAGUACUUACUUAAUAGUAAUAUUAAGGUGAUAAAUAGAAAAUUGUUACUUUUAUAUCUGGAGAAGAUAUAGGAUUUGAAUAGCAGCCAACUAUUAUUGUAUCAACAUCAGUAGAAAAGUUUGCAUUAGUAAUUACAUUAAAUCAAUCAUGUUGUAGAUUAAUUGGUUAUACAAGAUAAGAAAUUAUUAAUAGAAAAAUCAAUCUAUUUAUGCCAAACUUAUACACAAAAUUUCAUGAUCAAUACAUAGAAAAUUUUUUAAUAACUAGUGAUAUUAAGAAUAUUAAUAAAGAACGUUUUAUUUUUUUAAAAGACAAAUAAAAUUAUUUAAUUCCUUGUUUUAUAGUAUUGAGAAUUUUACAUACAUGUGAAGAAAAUGUAAAUUUGGCUGCCUAAUUUAUAACAAUUAAAACAUUUAAACCAACCUGUUAUUUUAUUUUAGAUUAUGAUUAUGUUAUUGACUCUAUGUCAUCAUCAGUUUUUUCAUUCUUUGGAAUUGAAAAUAGACAUCUUACAAAUAAAAAGGUUUAUUUUUAAUAAUUGUUUCCAGAUUUUCUUGAUGAAUUAGACUCUUUUAAAUCUAAAUUUGGAGGUAGACUCAAAUAUUUUCCUGAAAAUAUUUAAAAAACAGCCCAUUAAUCUUUAUCUAGUUUUAAUGCUUUAGAAAAAGAACUUGAUUUUAAUUGUACAUUAAGAGAAAUUCUAAAUAUGUAAAUUAAUGAAAUUGCAGGGUAUUAUGUUAAACUAGAAUUAAUUGAUGAUGUUUAAUAAAACUUGGCAGUUAUUCAAAAGUAAAAAUAAUUUAAUUUUUAAUAUAAUUAUAUGAUGAAAGAAUAGAUUUAUGUAGGUGAUUUCGUUUAAGAAGAUAAUUCUAAGUUAUCAAAUAGUUUUUAAUCAAAUUCUAAUGAUGCUUCUGUAUCAUAAAAUUAUUAAUUUAAUGAGCCAACUCAUAUAGAUUCUAACAGACGUAGAUCUACAAGAUUUGGAGAUAGAUUUUAAAUAUUAAUUGAUUAUGCAGAAGAGAUUAGAACCUUAAGAUUAUUUAGAAAUUAAUUAUAAGAUAUUGAAGAUGAUGAAAGUGAAAUGUCAGAAUUAGAUGAAAGUGAAAGUGUCUUUUAAUCAUAAAUUUAAACAAAAUCAAAAUAAUCAUAAUUGUCUGAGUUUGACAAUAAUAUAUUUCAUUCAAGGAAAAAAUUGUAGAAUAUUAUCUUUACAUCUAAUACACCUAAAUCUAUAAGUAAAGUUUAAUGGAUCGUUAAUUUAAUCGCAAUUCUUAUUUUAAUAUUAGCUAUUAUUGAUUAUUCUAUAUCUAAUUCAUAAUCUGAUCAAGUCUAAGAUACAAUACUAUUAGUUUAUGAUGGUAAUAUUAGAAAUAGUGAAUUAGGUAUAAUAUUAAACUCAGUCUUAAAUUUGUAACUCUUAAAUAAAAAUGUUUUCAAUCUAACAGCAAAAUAAGCUUCUGAAUAUGAAUUGUAAUAAAAAUAAUUUAUUAAUGAUUCCAUUUCUAUGAUAAAUCAAAUAAAUUAAUAAAUUCUUAUGAUGGUUGAUAGUAUGACAUCUUCAACAUUUACUUUUGAAUAUAAUUAAAAUGAUAUUAAAAUUAAGUUCAAUCAAGAAAAUUUUCAAUAUUACAGUUUAAACUAAGCUAUUCAAUAAAUUGUAAGUAAAUCAUUAAUCCUAAGAAAUAAGAAUUUAUCAUAUUUUAAUUAUUAAGAUUCAGAUGUCUUUUUUUUGAAUUAUAACUUACUAAACGAAAUGUUUAAUUCUUUAAAGUAAUCCUAAAACUAUUUUAUUGAUAAUCUUAUAGAUAAUACUUCAAAUAAAUAUACAACAAUUCUAAUACUUUUACUAAUAUCUGUCUCAUCAAUCACUAUUGGUAUUUUACUUAUCGUGAUUGUGAUGAGAUCUGUUUAUAAAUCUUAAACUGAGAUAAUAAAAUUAUUUUUGAAUUUGCCUGAUAAGACUAUCAGAUUUUUGUAUAGAAAAUGCGAAAAUUUCUUAUCAAAUCUAUAAAUUGGCGAAGAUGGAGAUCUAACAUCUGAAAAUGAUAGCAAUAUAGAUAAUUAAAAUUAAGAAGAUUAAUAACAAUUAUAAAAUACAUUAAAGACUAGAAGAACCAAAAAAAAAUUAAAAAAAAAUAGUAUCGAAAAAAAUUAUCAUAUCUAUGCAAUAAUUAUUGCAAUGAUCUUAAUUUAAUUUUAUUUCAUAUUAGCUUUUAUUUUUAGUAGUACAUUAGUAAGUUAAAUUGAAAGUCUAUUUUCUUAAUUUAAUUUAACCUUAAGAAGUGAAUAAUAUUUUCGAUUUUCAGAAAUAACUUAAAAGUCUUUGUUUAAUUCAAGAAAUAUGACUAUAAUGAAUACUGAUCCUUACGAUUAUGUUAUGUAAAAUAUAGAUGAACUAUUUGAUCAUAAUUCUUUUUUCUUAGAAUAUCAUUCUUAAAAUAUUGAUUUACUUGAUUAAUAAUAUAUUGAUGCAUAUAAUUCUUUAUUUGUUUAAAAUCCUUGUGAGAUUAUAAGUCAAUAAGAUAUAAAGAUAGAUAUGGAGAUUUGCAACUAAUUUAUGGACAAAGCAUUUUCACAAGGUCUUAAUGUAGGGAUACCAAGAUUUAUAGAAAAUUAACGUUAUUUGAUGACUAUUUAUAAUUAAUUUUAUAAUAAUCCUUCAGCGAAUUUUACACUUUUAGCUCGUGGAUUCUCAACAUUCAGAAAUAUCACUAAAAAUAGUGAUAAUAGUACUAAUUUUAUUCUGAAUUUAAAUAACUUUAUGCAAGCUUAAGAAAAUAGAGAAGUCUAGCAUUUAUAUUUCAAAAGUAAAUUAAUUUAAUAAUUUAGAUGCUUUUAGAUUUUUAUCAUAAUAAUUCAUAAUUGGAUUAAGGAAUACUUUAAACAAUUUACAAUUUCAAAGAAUGUCAAUUUUCAUUGUUUUUUUAGUGUUUCUAAUUGUGAUCUAUUUUUUAUUAUGGUUACCUUAGAUAUUAAUUCUUACGAAAAAUAUACUUGAAGCAAGAGCAAUGAUUUUACUGAUUCCUUUAAGAAUCAUUUAGAAAAUCAAAUUAUUAAAAGAUUUUAUAAGAUAUAAUAUCCAAGAGGUAGAUUAAGAAUUUUGA